UUCCGUGGAGUGUGGAUGACGCACCUCUUCACAGACAACUGGGAGAAAAUUGUGGACUUCCAGGCCAGGCCAGAUGAUAUAUUUAUUAUGUCAUAUCCCAGAUCAGGAAACACAUGGGUCUCCCACACCACUGACAUGCUGUGCUUUGGUCAGAAAUUUCCAGAGCGUGACACAUCGGUCUAUUUCCACAACAGAGUACCAAUCCUGGAGGUUGCCUUUUCAUGUACCGUUAGAGGAACUGACAUGAUUGAGAAGCUCACUACCUCUCCUCGAAUCAUAAAAUGUCAUCUUCCAGUCCAGUUGCUACCAAAGUCUGUGUGGGAACAAAACUGCAGGAUCGUGUAUGUGGCCCGUAACGCCAAGGACAAUGUAGUGUCCUUGUUCCACUAUGAAAGAAUGACCAAGAUCCUUCCAGAGCCAGGAGACUGGAGCAGUUACCUCCAGAGGUUCAUGCAAGGAAAGAUGGUGUUUGGAUCUUGGUAUGACCAUGUUAAUGGCUGGUGGGAGAAGAAAAAUACCUACUCAAACAUUCAUUACAUGUUCUAUGAAGAUCUGAUUGAGGACACUGAUCGGGAAAUAGACGCACUCUGCUGCUUUCUUGGUUUGUCUCCCUCAGCUGAAGAGAAGGAGCUUGUCAGACGCAAAGUGCGGUUUGAUGAAAUGAAAGAAAAUGAUAAGGUCAACCAUUCAACGUUUAAACUAAUGGAUUUCAACAUUUCUACCUUCAUAAGAAAAGGGAAGGUUGCGGACUGGAAGAACCACUUCACUGUGGCUCAGAGUGAAGAGUUUGAUGAAGACUACAAGAAAAAGAUGAAGGGCUCCACACUGAAAUUUAAACAUGAGUGAAUUAAAUCGAAGUUGAGAAAUUUUUCACUGUUCCUUUUAACCCAUAAAGAC